AUGGUCGAGGCGGCGACCCUGUUGACGGCGGCCCUGGCCGUGCUGGCGGCGGCCUUCCUCUGGUCGCGGUACCGGCACGGCUACUGGCGGCGCCGCGGAGUCCCCACGCCGUCCGGCCGCCUGCCCUUCGUCGGGCACAUGGCGCCCCUCCUGCUGGGCCGCAAGAGCUUCAUGGACCACUUCCACGACCUGGCCGCGCAGCACCGCGAUGCGGGCUACUGCGGCAUGUACAUGUGGGGGCAGCCCAUGCUGCUGGUGUUCGACCCCGAGAUGGUCAAGCAGAUCCUCUGCAAGGACUUCUCCAGCUUCCACGACCGCGGGCUGCCCAGCUCGGAGAGCGACGCGCUCAGCCAGCACCUGUUCAACCUGAACGGUGCCAAGUGGCGCAACCUGCGGACCUGCCUGUCACCCGCCUUCACCGCCGGCAAGCUCAAGCUCAUGUUCCCGCUGAUGCGCGACAUCGGCGACCAGCUGAGCGCCGCGGUGGCGGGCGAGGCCAAGCCCCCCGGCAGCGAGGUGGACGUGCAGGCGCUGCUGAGCCGCUUCGCCACCGACGUCAUCGGCUCGGUGGCCUUCGGCAUCAACUGCAACUGCCUGGCCGACGAGGACGCCGAGUUCCUCGCCAUGAGCCGCGGCCUGUUCCGCUCCACCACGCUGCAAGGGCUGCGCUUCAUUCUGGAGGCCGUGCACCCCAGGCUGGGCGUGCUGCUGCCCUUCAAGCUGCUGUACAGCGAGACGCACCGCUUCUUCAUGGACCUGAUGCGCGAGACGGUGGAGCACCGCGAGAGCAACGCCGUGGUCCGCAACGACUUCGUGCACCUGCUGAUGCAGGUGCGGGACCAGGGUCUGGGGCUGUCGGACCCGGACAACCACAUUGCCAUGACCCCCGGCGUCAUGGCGGCGCAGGCCUUCAUCUUCUUCGUGGCGGGGCUGGCCAACGUGGCCAACACGGUGUCCUUCUGCCUGCACCAGCUGGCGCAGGACGCCGAGCUGCAGCAGCGCGUGGCCGACGAGGUGCGCGACGUGGUCCGCGAGCACGGCGGCCAGCUCUCCUACGAGGCCCUCAAGGACAUGGAGCUGGUGGAGCGCGUGCUGCUGGAGGGGCUGCGCCUGUGGGCGCCCGUCGGCUCCGUGUUCCGCAAGUGCAACGCGACAGCCACGGUGGGCGGCGUGGUGGUGGAGGAGGGCGUCGCCGUCACCAUCAUGUCCGCCACCAUGCACCGGGACCCCGCGCUGUUCCCCGACCCCGAGCGCUUCGACCCCGACCGCCACACGGCCGAGGCCAGGGACCAGCGCCACCCGUACGCCUUCAUCCCCUUCGGCGAGGGCCCGCGCAUGUGCGUCGCCGAGCGCUUCGCCAUGCUGGAGCUCAAGCUGGCCCUCGCCACCCUGCUGCGCGACUUCGAGUUCUCGCGCGGCCCCAAGUUCGAGGUGGAGCCCGCCCUGGACCCCAAGGCCUUCUUCCCGAGACCCGUCAACGGCUUCCCCAUGCUCAUUCAAAACCGGAAGUGACGGUCAAAACUAUGCGCAUUUGUAGAAUUUCGUACG